UUCAAUUGUUUUAAGAUAUGUAUAGAAGAAGAAAUGUUCUGUUUGUCAACCUUUUUCUCAUCCUAAUAACUACUAUUCAGUGUUUUCGUUCCUUAGGAGAGAGAAAGUAGACAGCCAUGUCCACCACCGGUGUUCUUCUGGCUUCAACUCCAACUCCAAGGUUAUCAGGCAAAGUGGCAUUGGUUACAGGAGGAGCAGAUGGAAUUGGAGAAAGCAUCGUGCGUCUGUUCCACAGUCAUGGUGCUAAAAUUUGUAUAGUUGACGUGCAAGACAACCUUGGAAAGCAGGUGUGCGAAUCCCUUAACGAUGAAGCAAAUGUUGUUUAUUUCCAUGGUGAUGUGACUGUGGAAGAAGAUGUUUCCCAUGCAGUGGACUUCACAGUGGAUAGAUUCGGCACCCUUGACAUCAUAGUCAACAAUGCGGGAAUUUCUGGAUCACCCAGUCCUGACAUACGCGAGGCAGACUUAUCAGAAUUCGACAAGGUGUUCAGUGUGAAUGUGAAGGGAGUGUUCCACGGGAUGAAACAUGCUGCCAGAAUCAUGAUCCCAAAUAAGAAGGGCUCCAUUGUUUCAUUAGCCAGUGUAGCAAGUGUCAUUGGUGGCCUUGGACCACAUGCAUACACAGGAUCAAAACAUGCUGUUCUGGGGCUCACAAAGAAUGUUGCAGCUGAAUUGGGAAAACAUGGCAUAAGAGUGAAUUGUGUGUCACCUUAUGGUGUUGCAACAGCAUUGUCUAUGGCCCAUUUGGCUGAAGAAGAAAGAACUGAGGAUGCUUUGGCUGGUUUUCGUGAUUUUACAGGGAGAAUGGGAAACUUGCAGGGUGUAGAGUUAACUACUAAUGAUGUGGCUAAUGCUGUGUUAUUCCUUGCAAGUGAUGAUGCGAGAUAUAUAAGUGGAGACAAUCUCAUGGUUGAUGGAGGCUUCACCAGUGUAAAUCACACACUUAAAGUUUUUAGAUGAUUAGUGCUGUUUUAUUUUAUGUAUGUUAAUGUACUAAGUUUAAGACAUUGCAAUCAUAAUGUCUGUCACAAGGAUUUUCAGUUAACACUCAAAUAAUGUCAAAAAUAUCUGAAAAUGGGUUUGUUUGGAUUAUGCUAUAGAGAAAUAUAUCCGAAUUUGUCUUUA